AUGACCGCUGAUGCGUGUUUUUUUGAUCCUAUGCUCCCUGGGUUCUUCUCAUUCUCUGGUACUCAGCGCUGUGCCCUCAGCCAAUUGUUUUACCUCUCUACGUACAUAUUCAAAUUGUUUUACACCGCGUAUCUCAUCUAUGUUAUGGUGCAGUGUCCCCCUGCCGGUAUUGAUGCUCUGAAGCAACAAUUAUCUCUGUUCACAUAUCUGCAAACCCCAAAGUUGCAUGGUACAGCAUACGAGUUACUACCGAGCAACAAGCUGCAAGAGAUUGCUGCACCAUUCUUGAAUUUGCCAUGGCUCAAUGGCAGGAUGGGCAACAAUAAAAUGAUGUACAGUGUUUAUAACUAUGUUGGUGUGGCCUGGGACAAUGAACCUCUGACUAUUGUCCACCUUGCACAAUUUCCUCUCGGGUACCAACACAAUGACGAGUCAAUGGACGAUUUAGAGUCAAUCCUGCAGACCACCUGGAUCGAGUCGUCAGCCAUGACCUCAGCGCCAGAAGUUGCACAGCCGGUUCGUUCCAAGAAGGUUAAGGCUGCACACAGCCUCCACAGGAUCAUGGAGGCUUGUCCAAACUGGUGCAAGGCCCUCGCAUACCUGCGUGUCUUUCUGAGGAUGCUUAUAUGCUGCGGUCACUCCAACAACCCUCACCUUCUCACUAAUACCAAUUAUGCAGAACACAGAUUCAAGCUCAUUUGCAAUAUCUGGCCUCAAUGUUUGGAACAUGCAAAGAUUACUUCUGAUGAUUUGGAAACAGUCGAGCCCAUGGAUUAUGUAGUUCCUCUACAACACCCAUUGGGUGAUCAGCUACUCCAUGAACAACGCUUGCAUCUUUGGGCUCAGCAACUUCUUUGGCUUGACUCAAAAGCACAGCAUUGGGACCCUCCUACAGAUGCUAACGGGUUUUAUGCCUUCUUGACUCAUCAAGCAGCAAAAGAGAUGAUUUUCCAUAUUGUGUUCAGGACAACGGCCACAAACCGUGUUCAUCUCACCAUUGCUGAUCUGGAGCCAGCAACAUUCAGACAUGCUGCCCACCUGCCAGUGGAUACUUUGGCUCUGGUGGGGUUGUGUCUCAUGAGCAUCUGGGGCAUUGCAGACGUCAUGCCACAGUAUCCCGCUGUGAGCCAAGUAUACGGUGAACUUCAUGAGACUGUUAUGAUGCUCCUCCAGCAACAUCAAGACCCUGACAUUGCUGUGUUUAUGGCUCACAUGAGAGUGCUGUGCAACAUCACAUAA